UCAAACAAUUAGGUUUUUAUGCGCUCCCUUUAUAUAGAUUUCCCUAACAGCACAUGUGUUAAUGUCGAUUCUUCAGCUCAGCAUUUCUUCGCAUUAAGCAUUUUCGCCUUAACGGCAAACGAUUGGGAAAAGCUUUGCAUGGAUGCGUUUGAAUUCAUCGUGUUCAGCCUCAAGGGCUGCCUCAAUGCAUCAGCAUUACAAACGUCUAUAACUCAAUAUCACAAUACUCACACCAUCGGAACGUUUGAGUAUAUACUCAAAAAGUCAUUCAUCGCGUUCUUUUCUUUUACUCGAUGAAAGGACUUGGAAAAGGAACAUGGAAAAGGUACCACUGCUAUUGCUGAUACUGCAGCUAUGUCACUUUGCUUCAGGUGUUAAUAUCGGAUGGGAAAACAGCACCAUGACAGUUUCCGAAAAAAUAUUUGCUGUCACGACAAAAAUUAUUAGAUCGUCAUCUUCCGGCCAAAAUAUCGUGACUGUUUCUCCUCAAGAUUUAAAAGCAAAGUUUAAAGCAGACUACGGAAUGCCAGAAAAUGCAGAUGUCAUUUUUAACGAGGGCGAGAGUGAAAAGACUUUUAUCUUUUAUAUAAAAAACGAUAAAAGCGUGGAAAAUGACGAAGAUUUUCAACUAAAAAUCAGUUCAAGCGACUCUGUUACCAUUGGGCCUAUAGCAACGCUUCAGGUCACCAUCGUAAGUGAUGAUAUAGCCACAUUUGCAGUUAAGGAACAAGGAGUGGUAUAAGAGAAUGACAUAAAAAUGCCGGUCAUUGUUACCAAAAAGAGUUGUGAGCCAUGUGAAGCUACCAUACGCAUAAAUUGUUCCACUAUUGCCGACACCGCUACGGAAGGGGUAGACUUCGAACCUAUCAGAGAUCAAAUGCUCAUAUUUGGACCUAGCGUUAAUUCCUUAAAUUGCGAGAUCCCGAUCAUAAACGACGAUCUGGUGGAAGGCCUCGAAAAGUUUGUCGUUGUCGUCACAACAGAUGAUAAAUCUAUCGUUGAGUUUGAACAGAAUAGCCAAUCAUGUACCAUCAACGACAACGAUAAAGUGACUGUGCAAUUCUCAAGCAACAGCUACUCGGUCACAGAGAAGGAUAGCAAUAUAAUUCUAGGAUUUGAAAUGAUUGGAAAGGUCAUUACCAAUGACCUUAUCAUAACCUUGCGUGAUACACCAGGCACGGCUAAAAGGUCUACCUCUGAAGCUAGAGGCGAUUACAUCUUGGGAUCUGAAUUAAACCCCAAAAAGGUCACAUUGCCUAAGGGCAAGAACUACACCACCUAUACAGUAUCUGUGUCUGAUGAUGCCACUGCUGAGAGCAACGAGACAUAUGCUAUUAGAAUGGAGACAGAUGCUGAAAAUGGAGCCUUCAUAACAUUUGGCACCCCAAGUACGACCACCAUCACGAUAAUAGACGACGACAAAGCCACAAUUACGUUCGAAAAAUCUGCAGACAAAGUUAAUGAACAGGACGGCACGUUGGACAUCAAACUAAAAAAGACAACAGAGACGGAGCUAGCUAUCACCACCAAGGUGACGUGCAUUGAUGGUACCGCAAAAAAGGGCGUUGAUUACGUAGACAAUACAUGGACUCAAAAUUGGGGCAAUGCCAAGGAUGAAGAAAUGACAAUCAAAUUAUCUGUCACGAACAAUGUCAAAGUGGACGGCGGAAGAACGUUGAAACUGAAGCUUUCCACGGAGACCCCUGACAAAGUAAAUUUUGGAACUGAAGAAAUGGAAAUCACGAUUAUCAACGAAGACAAAGUAACGAUUGCAUUCAAAUCAGCUAGCGUGACUGUUAAUGAAGAUGUAGGUACAGCUUCAACUAUAGAACUCGAAAGAACAGGCACGACACCUCUUGUAAAUGUGUCAGUGAAAGUCACUACAUCUGAUGGUACCGCCAAAGGAGGGCAGGACUUCGUUGCUAUGAGCGACCAAGUUAUUACCUUCACACCUAGCGAUACAGUCAAGACAGUACCUGUCGUUAUUAUCAAUGAUAACAUACAAGAGGCCGACCAAAAGUUUGGUCUCGUAUUGACGUCAGACGAUAGCUCAGUUACUGUUGGUUCUACAUCUCAAUGCGCCGUAACCAUAAAAAGCGACGAUGUUUCAAUAUUUUCCCUGUUGGCGUCGACCUAUGCUAUUGCUGAAGGCGAUGGACCAGUCAAAGUGGUGAUUAAUAGAGAGCAGAAGUCAGAGGGCGUUGAUAAUGUUGUAGUCAAACUUACAACAUCCGAUGGUACCGCCUUAACAGGGGCUGGUCAAGACUUUGGUGGUGGAACUUUUAAUGUACGAUUUGAUUCCAAUGAUAUAUCUAAGGAGAUUCCCAUUGCUCUGUUUGAUGAUGAUAUAGUAGAGCUGAACGAAACGUUUACUGUAACAAUCACACCGAUAAACGCUGCCACGGCAAAAAUUGGCAACAUAUCAGACGCCACCAUCACUAUUCUCAACGAUGAUAAAGAGAUAUUUGAGUUUUCGGCAUCAACUUUCUCAGCCAAGGAAGACACUAAACAGGCCGUUGUGACGAUUACCAAGGCGGGCAAAGCUACGCUUGCAUCACAUACUAUGACUGUUCUUUUUAGCACGUCUGACGUAACAGCCAACUCAUCAUCCGCACUGGACUACACUUCAAUCACCGACUUGCAAGUGACAUUUGCUCCAAGCGAUACAUCCAAGAGCGUCACGAUAACUUUGUCAGAAGAUAAUAUCGUAGAAAACGACGAAACUUUCAAAGUUCAACUCAAGGCAUUUUCUUGGCUCAGCAAAAUCGGAACAACAAACGAGGCUACGGUUACAAUAGAGAAUGACGACAAAGGCAAUAUAACAUUCAAUGAGUCUACGUACACAGUUAUCGAAGGCGAAAAUGUUACCUUUAACUUUGGCUGCAGCGGAAACAACGAUAUUGACUUGAACUUCAAAAUCACGGCAAGUCCAGUUAUAGUAAGCCACACAAACUCACGAAAAGCUGAUUAUACCCUUGCGGACAAUACUCCCCUGACGUGCGGACCGCGGGCUCUUGGUAUAAACUACACCAUGCCUACUACACAAGAUAAUAACGCGGAGUGGCCGGAAAGCUUCCAUGUAGAUACAACGACAACUGACACGGGAAUAAUUAAUUUUGCUAUCAGUCAAACCACUGUGACCAUCAUUGACAACGAGGACAAAGUAAAUUUAUGGAUAAAGGAUGCGGCGUACAAUCUAACGGAGGAUGAAGGAAGCAUUACAAUGACCGUAAUGAAGACGGAUAAUGCAGAGGUUGAUAUCAUCGUAAGGCUGACCUCGGCGGAUAUAAUUGCAAACUCGGCAAACCAGUCCAUUCCUUCUGCUCAAGACUUCAAACCAGUUUUCCAGAAUAUCACCAUCUCUCCUUCAGAAACAGAGAAGACGUUUACAAUUCCAAUAACUACAGACGAUUACUUGGAAUACAAUGACACCUUCAGGAUCUUUAUAGAAACUCUAACUCCCAAUAAGACUGAUUCGAUUCUCAGGAAUGAAACAUUCUUUACCAUUUACAACGACGACCAUGCCACUCUUGAGUUUGUUGAAAGAUCAGUCACCCUAAAGGAAAACCAAGGCGUGGUCGUACUAACCGUGCGACUUCUUGGCAAAACAUUGAUUCCUGUUUUUUUCAAUUUAUCUACAAUAAACAUCACAGCCUUUGGUAACCGUGACUUCCCAGCCCUCGUGGGAAAGACGUACAGCUUUGGGCCAUCGAUCUCUGGGAACACUUCAAUGGAAAUUGAGAUCGACGUUACUAAGGAGGCGUUCGUGGAGCACCCCGAACGAUUUGACAUCGUCAUGACAACUAACCAGCCCUUUGUAACUGUGGUGGAGAACAAGAGCAUGAGCGAGAUUCAUGUACAAAACGACGAUGCCGUGCUGAUAGGGUUCAUGACGCCGCUUCAGACCGUCGUCGAGGCCAAUGGAUUUGUCAACGUGUGUGUGGUGGUGGAAAGAGGGCUACCAGAGAUUCCACUCUAUUACAAUGUGAGCACGACUUACAUCGACACAACAGUUGGUAGGGACUUCAUACCGCUGACCAACUUCACAGUACUUAUACCGUAUCGGUCAAGCAUCUCCUGUUUCACGGUGACAAUCGAAGAGGAUCACGUGACUGAGCUUGAUGAGAGUUUCGGCAUAUCGCUUUCGAGUGAUUAUAUGAAUGUGACUGUCGACGAAAAUCGCAAGUCAACUGUGAUCAAAAUCCUGAACGACGAUAAAGUGACAAUGGAGAUUGAUGGCCCAACCAGUCGAUCUCUGGCAGAAGGCGAAAAGACCGUGGUGUCUGUUGUCGCUAAAGGGCACUACGAAAUCCCUCUUUCUAUCUUAAUUGCUCCAAAUAAGACGUCUACAACAGAUGAUGGGGAUUUCAGAUUCACAUCGUUAUACUGGCCUAUCGAUAACCAGUCUUUGCCUGAGGUUGCGGACUACCCCGCCUGGAGAUUCCCAGUCCCCCAAAGCCUAGCGCACAACAUGACCAUGGUAUUCAACAGAGGGGCAAAACACGUCGCCAUUGAAGUAGAGAUCCCGGUCGACAGGCAGUCGGAGUCCAUGGAGACGCUAGUGUUGUCACUCCUGAGCCUUGACCCAUCCAGAGUGGUGUUUGGAAACAAUCAAACAGUGGAACUUAGUAUCCAGAACACGGCUUAUCCUGAGACGAAGGCACAGGCAGGAGCAGUUGUAGCGGUUGUGUCUGUGUCAAUCGCGAUUCUAGUCAUCAUCUUAGUGGCUGUUAUCCUCGCUGCGUGCUUCAUUGUUAAGCGUGUCAAGUAAGGCGUAACUCACCAUGGCCGAUGAAGACGAGGAGAAAUAUACAACGUCAUAAAGGCCGAUUUAGACAGCACGAUUUAGUCGUGUGCGAUCUGCCUACGACAUGUCUUAGCCCUGAAUUACACACUACGACUUUCAUAGUCAGCGUCGCGGAGUCGUAGGCUGAUUUACACACUACGACUCGAGUUGUAGAGGUGUCACGUCGCAUAAGACUAAAUCGUGCUGUCUAAUUCAGCCUUAAGGGUCACAAGCAUUCUCUGGAACACAGGGCCAUGCGCGAGAACGAGAAUGUCUCCUCCGAAGCUUCGUUUUGGCAAUUCUUUAAGCUGACCUCAACGCUUUUUGUUCUCCAGGACGGGUCACAAGGUCAUAAAGGUUACAAAGACUACACCACCACCACGAAUUAGAAUCUUUUGCCCAGUAGAACCUUGCUUGAAACUACCGUGCAACCAGUAAAACCUUGAACACUUAAAAUAUGUGUUGAAUAGUUUUCACAAGGACAAGGUUCAACUGGGUAUAGAAAUGAACCAAAGUAACGAGAAUAAUUCCACCCUUUGGAAUUCGUCACAUCCCCCCCCCCCCCCCCUUUCUUCGGUUCCAGUUUUCUGCUAAAGAGCUUCCUCUAGAAUCCCGUCACUAGAUCACUUUGCAAAACAGGGACCGGUUGCACAUAGCUUAACUAAGUUAUCCGGCGGAUAAAAUAGCGUUGCACAAAGCGUGGAUAGAACGCUGGAUAACUAUCCGCUGAAUAGCCAUCAUUACCACUAAAUGGCUCCCCGUUUCCAUGGUAAAUAUGCAAAGUGCGCGCUGUUUUUCCUUCAAACAAAAUGGCGGCCGUUGAAAGAGCUACAAAAAGUGCCAGAAAACAAACAGUUUAUCGAGGCAAAGUGCAUGUAAAUCAUGGAAUGAUCACAGGGGAUAGUGUUUAGCUUCUUCCUGUCUUUGGGAGUCACAUUUCUCGAUAGAACGGCCAAUAUAGGCCAAUAUAGAUUGAUUACAGUCCUGCCAGAGCUGCAUGGAGUCCGUAAUUCAUUGUAAAUUUACCAACUGUAAAAUUUUUCGUUUGCAUAUGUUUCAAUUUGCACUUUGUCUGAAAUUAAUCUAAACUCUAACAAUAAAUUAGAAAGCAAACGCUAUUUUUUGUUCUUCACAUUUAUUCGGUGGAUAAGAUUUUGUCCGACAUCUUUCAACCGUAUAACUUUAACCGGUGGAUAAGACUUAUCCAGCUUUGUGCAACCGGCCCCAGACGAGAUUUAUACAGCGUUAACUCACGUUUUUACAUGCACUGCGCACGCAAUACAUAAGAAUUUGACUGUAGUGGCAAUCACCUGUAAAAUUCAGGAGAGGAACUCGAUUGUGAUAACCGCACAAAAUAUGUAAUUCAAUAAAUUUUUAAUUCCAAUAAAGCAUAUUUUUGUAAUCAAAUGCAAUAAAAAACACAGUUCGA